AUCGAAUAUUCGUGAAAAGAGAACGAAUCGAACCAAUCGAAACACAUCUCAGAGCCAUUUUAAUCCAGAGAGAUAGCGUACAUAUUAAUCCAUCUCUCUCUAAUUACCCUCUCUCCAUCUCUCUCGAUCUCUCCGAGUUUUUCGACAAACCCUAGUUUCAACCCAGCGGCAUGGCUAAAGGAAUGAGAGGAAGACGCAGAAUUGCUUCAAGACAGUCCCGGACAACUCCAUACCCAGUUUCGAAUUGUAAGCAGGAUGUGUCAAAAUGCUCAAUUGAGAAGAAGUAUUCUGAUGGGAUUCUGCACAAGAAAGAUUGGGAAGAUGCAACCUGUUCUGUGUGCAUGGAAUAUCCCCACAAUGCUGUUCUUCUCUUAUGUUCAUCUUAUGAUAAGGGUUGUCGGGCCUACAUGUGUGGGACCAGCUGUCGCUACUCCAACUGCCUCAACCAGUACAAGAAAGCCUACUGGAAAGUGAGCACACCUCAUCAGAACCAAGCUCUGCAUGGUGCAACUGCGGAUAGUAGUUCUCUUGUCAGCCCACCAGUUUCCAGUUGGCCAAUGGAAGAAUGCGGAGAAGUCGGUGAGCUUGCGUGCCCUCUUUGCCGAGGCCAAGUCAAAGGUUGGACUGUUUUGGAGGCUGCAAGGGAAUAUCUUAAUGGUAAGAAGAGAACUUGCAUGGAAGACAAGUGCUCAUAUGUUGGAACUUACAAGGAAUUAAAAAAACAUGUGAAAUUGCAGCACCCUACUGCUAGGCCACGGGAGGUAGACCCUGCUCAUGAACAGAAAUGGAAAAGGCUUGAGCGGGAGAGAGAAAGGGAAGAUGUGAUCAGUACGAUUACAUCAUCAAUGCCUGGAUCAAUGGUUUUUGGUGAUUAUGUAAUUGAAAGGAGUCCCUUUGGGUUUGAUAUAAGCGAAUAUGAGGACUCUGAUGAUGAAGACGAGGGUUUUAAUUUGUCCAGACUUAGGAACAACGUCGAAGAUCUUGAUAGUGAGCUGAUGAAUGUAUUUCUCCUAUUUGAGGAAUUGCGCCGAGGGCGGAAUGUGGGGUCCUUUGAAGGGUUGAGGAGACGGGGUGAGGAUGAUGCUGAUGGUGAUGGCGAGGAUAAUGAAAACGGCGAUGGUACAUCAUUGGCGAGUAGUUUACAGGGUAGAACGUUAUCAAGUAGAUCAAGGAGGAGGCGGAGGCGGCAUGGGCGUGGAGAAGCAAACGCAGGGCAGACGUAGAUAUAUUGGAACUGCUAUAAAAUGGGGAUCAGGAUAAUCAUCAAUAUCUUAGGACAGUGUUAGGAGGAAAGGGUAAUGUUUCUGCAGUUCUCUUUGUUGACGUGUUUACUGACAUUAGGUCGUAAAUUGAAGUUGAAAAAAAGAUGUUUCCUUGUAAUUUUUUAUUGUCCAAUUGCAUAGUGGCCUCCCUUUGUUUAAAAUGAUGUAGUCCCUCUCCUGGUUUUCCCACCCUGAUUUUCUGAAUUGAUGCCUUCUGGACAUUCUUUUAGUAGGAAGUUGGAACACUGCUUGUGUAAAGAUGCACUGAUUAUUCUCCUUA